AUGGAUACCUCAUUGGCCUCCCGUAUUUCUAAUCUUGUGCUCCUAUGGUUCCUGAUAUUUUCAAUCACGCUCCGCAAAGGCGCGAUGCAGUGCAAUGAAAGAGACCACCAAGUUCUCCUAAACUUCAAACGCACCCUUGUCGAUCCGUCAGCCAUCCUCUCCACCUGGUCCGACGAGCGAGAUUGUUGUGAAUGGGAAGGAGUUCGGUGUGACAACACCAGCGGCAGAGUCAUCGAGCUCAGUCUUCCUUGUCCUUUGCAAUCUUUUUAUGGUGAUUGUGGAGAGACGAGAUCUCACUGUCUCACAGGUGAGCUCCACCUAUCUUUGCUUGAUCAGCUUGAGUUUCUUAAUUACUUGGAUUUGAGCAAUCAUGACUUCCGUGCUAUCGUCGGAAAUGAUCAUGUGGAUACCACAAACUCUAACAACCUAUCUCUGGUUGAACGCCAAAAUUCUUCCAAUCUUCACUAUCUCAAUUUAUCCAAUAAUGAAGAUCUUCACUUUGAUAAUCUUCAUUGGCUUUCUCGUGUUCCCUCCUUGGAAUAUCUUGACCUCAGUGGCAUUAAUCUUCAAGGAAAACUUGACUGGCUUCAAUUAGCAACUCUACUUCCUGCCCUCACAGAGCUAUAUUUUGAAAGUUGUCAGCUUAGAAACAUAAAUCCAUCUCUCCAGUUUAUCAAUUUUACUUCGCUUGAGGUUCUUAUGCUCACUAGUAAUGAAUUUAGCUCUGACUUCUUUCCCAACUGGUUGUUCAAUCUUAGUGGCGUCACUGUUCUCAACCUACGCUCAAAUUAUUUCGGAGGGGGAUUCCCAGAGGGUUUAUUGAACCUCCAGAAAACACAAGAAUUGUCUGUGGGGGACAAUAGACUCAGCGGGCCAAUUCCCGACUGGUUAGGACAACUUCAACAUUUACAACUUCUCGAUCUUAGUGAAAAUUUCUUUUCUGGCCCCGUUCCUUCAACUUUGGGAAAUCUCUCAUCGUUGAAAACCUUUAUUGUCAGGUCUAAUCACUUGAGUGGUGCUCUUCCUACAAGUCUUGGACAACUCUUGAAUUUGGAGGAACUAGAUUUAAGUGAUAAUAACUUGACGGGGCAUGUGUCGGAAAGAAAUUUCGACACACUCUCAAAUCUGAAGUUGCUUUUCUUGGGAUCACCAGGCUUGAUCUUUGACUUUGAUCCUCUUUGGGCUCCGCCUUUCCAACUUGAAACUAUUCACUUGGACCACAUGAGGGGUCCUGAACUUCCUGCGUGGAUAUACAAGCAAAAACGUCUAAGCAGCUUAGGAAUUAAAUAUUCAAGAAUUUCUUUCGAGUCUCAAGACAACUUUUGGAAAUUUGCGACCCAACUAGCAUACUUACACUUAGAGGAUAACACAAUUGAUGGAGAAAUGUCUAAUGUGUUACUGGACUCUACAAUCAUAAAUUUGGAUUCAAACAAAUUGAAAGGCAACGUUCCUCAGUUAUCACGAAAUGUUGUCCAAUUCAGUAUAGCAAACAACUACUUACGAGGAUCUAUUUCUCCGUUAGUGUGUCAAAGAAUAAAGGGGAGAACCAAAUUAAAGUCUCUGGAUAUGUCAAAUAAUUUGUUAUCUGGGGAACUGCCAGAUUGUUGGAUGAAUUGGAAAUCAUUGGUUGUGCUUAAGCUCGGUGGCAAUAAUCUAAGAGGUAGAAUACCUCCAUCAAUGAGUUUAUUGUCUAACCUUACAUUUUUGCAUCUCAAUAAAAAUAACUUAUUUGGAGAGAUACCUUUGUCACUGAAAAAUAGCCAACUCCUGCAAGUCAUUGAUUUAGGGGAAAACAAAUUUUCAGGACACAUACCAAGUUGGAUUGGGGACAAAACUAAGGUUAUCAGAUUGAGAUCUAAUCAACUCCACGGAAAUAUCCCCCCACAAAUAUGCCAGUUAACUUCCCUCAUAAUAUUGGAUUUGGCGGACAACAAAAUAUCAGGUUCAAUCCCAACUUGCCUAGAAAACAUGGCGGCCAUGGUUUCCCCUAAUUCUUCAUAUAGUGGAGUUCUAAACUACUGCUCUAGAACUCUCAAUUACACUUUCAUAGUGAGAGACGAGGUUUUGUUACACAUGAAAGGCCAAGGAUUGAGCUAUAAACGAAACUUGAAUUUGGUACGUUCUGUUGAUCUAUCAAGUAAUAUGAUGUCCGGGACAAUACCUCUAGAAAUUUUUGCUCUCACGGGAUUACAAUCUUUGAAUUUGUCUCAUAAUCAAUUUGAGGGAAACAUACCAAAAGAGAUUGGCAACAUGAAACAAUUGGAGUCUGUCGAUCUUGCAAAUAAUCGACUUUCAGGUGAAAUUCCCCAAAGUAUGGCCAAAUUGUCUUUUCUAGCAGUCUUGAACCUCUCCUUCAACAAUUUUAUUGGAAAGAUCCCAUUAGGCACUCAACUUCAGGGGUUUGAUGCACAAAGUUAUAUUGGGAAUCCUGAUCUAUGCGGACCUCCACUUCAAAAGAAUUGCACUGACGAUGAAGACAAGAAUUCCAACAUAGAAUCUGACAACCAAGAUGAUGAAUUUCUGUCUUUCUUCUACAUUGGGUUGGGAGUUGGAUUUGCUGUGGCUUUUUGGGGAGUUUGCGGUGCCAUAUUUCUCAAUAGAAAUUUCAGGCAUUCUUACUUCACAUUCUUGUAUUUUAUUAGAGACAAACUUUAUGUCAUGGCGGUUCUCAUGAUAAAUCGUAACCAUUGA